AUGACCCAAGUACUCAUCAAAUCGAUGAUGUUCUACCACAUGGAUGACAAUCAGCGCGAAGAUUUGACCGGCCAGGCCAAGCCCACAAACUUAGAUUCGAGUUUGGCGGAAAAUCUCCCGUCAGACCUGCAGAAAUUCUUUCGAGAGAAGUACGCCCCGGCGUUUCUAUGUCAGUCGGUGAUGCGCUAUGAAAAGUAUGAAGAUAAGUUCACGGAGCAGGAGAAGAAGAACAUGCGGUAUUGGUGGGACGGAAAUGGUGACAAGUGUCUUGCAAAGUCCAAGGAAUAUGCAGAAAUCAACCGCCGGGCUUCUGUUGAAGCCGUUCGACAAUUUAAUAAAGACAUACUCGAUAAAUAUCUCGACGAUAACCCGACGGAGUGGGCCUGCACUCUUUACGCCGCUUUGAAGGAUAAGGGGCGAAUGUUGACGUAUCUAGCACAUCCUAUCCAGGGCAGCGUAAAUGUGAUCAACCGCGAGUGCUGUAUCCUUGACGCAUUGGCACCAUCGGAGGGAAUAGCUGAUCAGUGGUUCGAAUACUUCGUUGGCUUCGCCAGUGAGCGCCAUAUUCACUAUCCAUACAUUGAUCCAGACGAGGACCUGGCUGGUCAAUGGUUACAUGAUUCGAUGAAGGAUCUCAUUCAACGUGUCCUUGAGGGAGAUCCUUCCGUCGAUGAGGAUGUGCGCAAGGGGUUGGAAAAAGACAUAGAAGAGUUUGAAAAGGCGAAUGGGCUUGAUCAAACUGCAACCGCUGAGGCCAGGGCCAGCAAUAUCGUGGAGAAGGGGGCGGUGUUCUUUGCAGAAGCGAAGAAGUGGCUGACCGCAGUAGGCAAAGGCCUUGCGGUUGCUUUGCAAGGAACGAGGUUGUUUCAAUUGGCAGAAGCUAGCUUUGAGCAGGUGACAAAGGCUAUCGGUGACAGCUUGCCAGGGCUUAAGAAGCUGAAGCCAAUUGCUACAAUAGGAAUGGUCGCGUAUUAUGUAUUCCAACUUGCGUCGAGUCUCUAUGGGUUGAUCACAGAUUGGGACACCAUGGAAGACGCUAAGAAAGCUGUGGUCAUAUUGGAGAUGAUACAGACCGUUGUGAAUGGCAUCGGUCAGGCUCGUGAUGCCUGGAAUAAUUACAAAAACAGAGAUACUGCCACAACUCCAGAGGACGCCUUAGAUACCGCCACUCUAAACCAGGGGGUUGAGAAGUCAGUUUCUGAAAGUGGAGGCGGACUCGCUGAGAUGUCCGACGAGAUUAAUGGCGAAGGCACAUUCAACGAGAUUGUUAGCGACCACUUGCUCCCAGAGGGCCCAGCUACCGAAGGCGACAAUGCAGGACGGUGGAACGAAGGCGCCGAUAAACCGCCAGAGAAUAUUCCAGCUGGUGGGGAGGAUGUGGUGUCUAAGUGGAAUGUAUCUGGAAAUGCUGUCAAGAUCCUUAAUGCUUUCUUGGGUAUUGGGCUAGUUAUCGCAAUGACCUUCAGGUCGGUUCAGUCAUCCCACUCCGCGGGUUACCUACCCGGUAUCCACUAA